CAACCGCUCUGUCCUGUUUUUCGUGCUCUUUCCCUCGCUUUUAGCUAAUUCACCCCUUCUCUGGAAGUUCCUCACUCGUUUCGGAACUUUCAACCUCUGUUUUUUCCACGCCUCUCGCUCCCAGCAUUUAGCUGUUACACCACUAGCUUCUACCCACAGGCACUUUUUCUAAUACCCAUUUCGCCAUCAUGAAGACCUUCGCUGCCUCCCUCGCCCUUGUUGCCGCUCUUUCUUCCUCAGUGCUCGCCUCUCCAGCCAACCUGGAGGCUCGCGCAACUGCUACCAGUACUGGCAAGCUUCCGGCCGUCAGCGUCAAGGGCAAUGCCUUCUUCGCUGGUAAUGACCGAUUCUACAUCCGUGGAGUUGACUACCAACCAGGUGGUGCUUCCGAUGCUAAGGAUCCUAUUGCCGAUGUCGCGGGCUGCAAGCGUGACGUUGCAUACUUCCAGAAGCUAGGCGUAAACACGAUCCGAGUGUACACCGUCGACAACACUGCCAACCACGACGAGUGUAUGAGCAUGCUGGCCGAUGCGGGCAUCUACCUAGCAUUGGACGUCAACACCCCGAAAUACUCCAUCAAUCGCGCCGCGCCUGCUCUCUCCUACAACGAUGUGUACCUGCAAAGCGUCUUUGCUACGAUUGAUGCCUUUUCCAGUUACAGCAACACCCUUCUCUUCUUCUCGGGCAACGAAGUCAUCAACGACGACUCUACCACCGCAUGUGCUCCUUAUGUCAAGGCCGUCACCCGUGACAUGAGGCAAUACAUUGGCUCCCGGGGCUAUCGCGCCAUUCCUGUUGGAUACUCAGCUGCCGAUGUCGACUCUAACCGUCUCGAAAUGGCCGAAUACAUGAACUGCGGAACCGACGCUGAGCGAAGCGAUUUCUUUGCAUUCAACGAUUACUCCUGGUGCGACCCGUCUAGCUUCCAGAAGUCCGGCUGGGACAAGAAGGUCCAGACAUACAGCAACUACAGCAUCCCUCUCUUCCUAUCUGAGUUCGGUUGCAACACAAACACUCGUCAAUUCAACGAAAUUGCUUCCCUCUAUAGUGACGAAAUGACUGCUGUCUACUCCGGAGGCCUCGUCUACGAAUACUCUGAGGAAGGCUCCAAAUACGGACUAGUCAAGAUCUCGGGCGACACCGUCGACCCAUUGACUGACUUUAACACCCUCAAGACUAAGCUGGCUGCGACCAAGGCUCCCACCGGCGACGGUGGCUAUUUGAAGUCUGGAGUCGCCACCAAGUGCCCAGCUGAGUCCAGCACCUGGAACGUCACCUGGGGCAACGAUCUCCCAUCCAUUCCGGCCCCAGCGAAGAAGUACCUGACCAGCGGUGCCGGAAAGGGCCCUGGUCUCCAGGGCGCUGGCUCGCAGAACGCUGGCACCCAGAGCACUGGCACGGCCCCUGCCAACGCUGGCCAGGUCUCAUCCACCGCCAGCGCUUCCACCGGUGCGGCUGCGUCUCUCCGCGUCCCCGAGUUCUCAGCGGCACCAUACUUCUGCGGGCUCGUCGUUCUCGCAUCUACGCUGCUUGGCGCUACCCUAUUGUAAAUACGACACUUUGGAGGCGCACUCGGGUUGGUUGGCUUUAGCAAAUUACAGAUGGUAUCACUGCAUUGUCUUAAUCGGACUGGCGGUUUGGAUCUGUUGAUUGGAUCCUUGGCUGGGGAUUCUUAACACGGAUGGUUUUCCUAGACGGACUUUUCCCUUGGGUGUUGUCUUUUUCUUUGCGUACUACAUAUUAUGUUCUGCAAAAUUACCCCAACCUUACCGGUGGUAUGGUAACUCAUGAGGCUGCGAGU